UCAAUCAAGAAAGAAUUAUCAAAGUAUCACUCUCAACCCUAAUCUCUCCUAAUCCUCACAAACUCUCUUCUCAUCCUAUUCUGGCCGCCGGCUAUUCUGUUCUUGUUCCUCCCCAAUUCUACUCUUCUUCCCCAAUUCCUCAAUCCCUAAUUCUAUUCCCAAAUCUCUAAAUUCCCAAUGAACCAACACUGUCGAUAGAACCCUAGAAAUAGGUUUCUAUCAUCUGGUAUCAGAGUCUGGUUCUGAGAUUGAGUUCGUCACAGCUCUGAACUAGGGACGAUUGCACCAUAAUGAGCUUGUUACAGCUCUUCGAUGCAGAGUGGUACAGGCUACAAGCGUUGCUGGAGCAUACCUUGGAACGCCGUAAUCAAGAGGCACGGAUGAGGGCGGCGAAGAGAGAGAUGGUCACAAGGCAAGUCGCGACGGUCGCUGAGAACGGUGGAGAUCGCGCAACAAUACCGCCGCAGUCGCGAGGCUCCUCGGUCACAAGACUGACCGAGGAGACCGCGGAUGACAUCACAGCGUCGGCGGAGAGUGCUGAGGUCGAUGGCGCAGCAAAGGCGCAGCCACCGACAGCAGGCGAGGAUGUGGCAGACAAGGCAGCUGCGAGGCUGAGUUGACAUAUGGCGGUGAGGUCGAAAAAGGAGGAGGAGAGCUCAUGAGUCCUGCCGCUGCUACCCCAAGCAUCAUCACCAUUGUCGAGCAGCAGGAGCAGGAUCGACAGCUGGUUGGGAUCGACGCGGAAGAAGGGAUGGUGGCAGCAACAACGGAGCCCAAACCGGUAGCCCCUGGCCCUGCAAUCACCGCCAAGAACUUUGGCGAUCAGUAGUAGCUUUCGGCGACCCCCGCAGUGCUGCCUGACUCGUUGGCUUCGGUCUCCACCACCAAGAAGCCGAGACGGAACCUCCAAUCACCGUUGCGCCAGCCACCAUACCACCGCCAUACAAAACCUAAGAAUAAAAAGGAGACUGUAUCGCCCAUGUCUGAUGAGGACAUCAACACCAAGGCGAUCACAAGUCCAACUUUGGUGCAAGAGGAACGUGGUCCAAUCACUAGAAGUCAAGCCAAGGCAUUCAAAGGUCGACUUCAAGCUUAUUUGGCAGAGCAUUUUCCAUCUUUGGAGUCGAAUUCGUUCAUAGGCCAGGAGGUCAAUGUUAUCCACGUCCAAGAUGAGAAAGAAGGAAAUUCUUGAUGCCCAAGUUGGCCACACAUGGAAAGGCAAAGGAAAGGGGGAGAAAGAAGGACAUUCUUGAUGCCCAAGUUAGCCAAACAUGGAAAGGGAAUAAUUAGUGGUUAAGAAUCUUCCAUUAGCAUUAAAAACAAUAUGUUAGA